AAAAGUGUGGGCCUCGUGAAUUAUUAACAAGUGCGCGCCCCUGUGACAUGAAUUAAUUGAUAGGGCGCAGCGGACGGGGGAAAGUGAUAUUGGGUAAUAUCUCGUGUGUGAGGCAAGGAAUCAAAAACGAAGUUUAUCGAUGUGAAACAAUCAGAGGAGAAGUGAUAUGAUUGGCAUGAGCGGAGGAGAUUGAGUGGCGACGGAACUGUGGUGGCCAGUGUGGAGAUUCGAGUGCUGUGGACAAGGUGUAAAUCGGUCGCUUCUUCAGCACUUCUCGCGUUGGUAAAACAAUGGAUAGAUCGCUGAUUUGUAUAAUAGUGUUCACGGUGAUUGGCUUCGUCCUGUUCCUCCUGGGCGUGAUCCUCGGCUGGGCAGUCUUUCCGCCACUCGUGCGCCAGCAGAUUAUCGACAAUGUUGUUCUCAAGGAGGGAACGGAUCAAUUCGACAGAUUCCUGGAAUUACCACAGCCACUGCACUUCAAAGUAUACAUCUUCAAUGUGACAAAUCCCGAGGAGGUGAUGAACAACGGAGCUUUGCCAGUCGUGCAAGAAGUUGGGCCAUAUUAUUAUCGACAAUAUCGUCGGAAGCACGAUGUUGUGCUCUCGGGUGAUGAUCGAAACAUCACCUUCGUGCAGGAGUCAGAAUUUCAGUACGACCAUCGUCGAUCUGCUCCUCUCUCACAGGACGAUCCCAUUUUCGUUUUGAGUCUGCAUAUCAAUUCCGUGCUGCUGGAAGUGGAGUCCACGAUGGAGAUAAUGCUUGAGACUAUCAAUCAAGCGGUGGAUUUCAUCUUCGGCCCGAAUUCCUCCAUGAUCAUGAGGACAACGCCGCGCCAAUUCCUCUUCGAGGGCAUCGAAUUCUGCUGGCCAGGAGUACAUCCGCUGUCGGACAUCGUGUGCAAUAUCGUGAAACAGCAAAUGACGGACGCAAUGCAGAUUCUGCCCGAUGGAACGCUGUCCUUCGCCAUGUUUCGUCAUAAAAACAUGACCAACAACGGCGUCUUCAAAGUCCACUCCGGCGUGGAGGAGCCGCGAGAUACUCAGCAGAUCAUCACAUGGCAGGGCAAGACGGAUAACGAUGUUUGGCCGGACAAUGAAGACAACACGUCGUCGGUGUGCAACAUGAUUCGCGGCAGCGACGGCGCUGCUUUCAGGCCUCUCCAGGAGACCGGAGAGACUGCCUUCAUCUUCAACACAGACAUCUGCCGAACAGUGCAGCUGGAGUUCAACGGCGAGGCAGAGUACGAAGGCAUCCCGGGCUUCAAGUAUGCCGCCUCGCCGUACUUCCUGGACCAAAUUGGGCCGGAAUACAACAACUCCUGCUUCUGCGUCAACCAGAUUCCCGGCGGAAUCGUGCAGGAGAACGGAUGCCUCUAUCCAGGAGCACUGGACCUGAGCCCCUGCCAAGGAGCUCCUCUGGUGCUGACCAAGCCUCAUCUCCUCGGGGCUGAUCACUAUCAGCAGUUUGUCCACGGGUUGUCCCCGGAUCCGGACAAGCAUCAGAUCGACGUCCUCGUGGAGCCGCACUUGGGAAUUCCUUUGCGGGCCAACAGCCGAGUGCAGUUCAACCAGUUCCUGCGGCCGAUUCCGCACAUCACAAUCACGCAGCAGCUCGCGCAGUCUUUCGUGCCCAUUCUCUGGGUGGAUGAGGGAAUCGCUCUCGGCGAGGACUUGGUGGAUAUGAUCAGGUCGGAUCUCGUGGAUGUUCUCGUCAUCCUGGACGCCGUGCAUUGGACUCUCUUCGCCGUGGGCUUGGCUCUGUUCGUGGCCAUGCUGACAUGGCUGAUUGUGGCGCUGGUGAAGCGCCGCGGCAAGACUCAAGUGGGCAGUUUUAGUCCCAAGACAAUGUGAACAGCUGUGAAUGUUUUGAGGGUGUUUCGUGUGAUGAACAAUAAAUUUUUGGC